GACGCACUCAUGAGACCCGCAUUUUAAAUAGGAGAUCAUGGUAUAAAAAGGCUAACGCCACAGGGGCUACGCCACCGGAUCAAUCCGAGUACCAAAAUGUCAACUUCAAAUCAGACUUCACAUCCUUUCAUCCCCGCUACUCCGGGCGAUCGACGUUCUCCUUGUCCAGCACUCAAUGCACUAGCAAAUCAUGGCUACUUGCCCCGCAAUGGACAGAACAUUGGACUCUGGCAUCUGAUACGCGCGGUCCAAGAAGUGUAUAACCUGUCCUUUAUAUUGGCAGCCUUACUCGCCUUGGCAGGAAUUCUGCUUUGUGGUCACGCCUUUCGUUUGGACCUUGACGCACUGGCGAUACACAACAAAAUAGAACACGACGCAUCCCUCGUUCAUGCAGAUGCAUCGGGUCAGCAGCGUGCACCUACCGAGGUCGACCCAAAACUUCUCAAGUCAUUCUUAAGCCAUGCAGAUCCUCAAAGAGGCAUGAGUCUGUAUGACCUCGCCCAAGUGCGCAUAUCUCGCGAAGCCCAGCUGGCUCAUCCACUCGACCUCAUACAUUCCAAGAUCGGGGCUGCUGAGGCAGCCUUGUGUUGGUUGCUUCUUAAACAAGACACUGGUCGCAUCCCGUCAAGCGUACUUUUACAGUGGUACGGGGAAGAAUGCCUGCCCGACAAUUGGGCACGACCACGUCAUGUUAUAGGGUUGCUCGAUGCGCGCACAAAGGCGGUGGAAGUGGCAAACAUCAUGAGCAGUCACAAGUCUACCUGCCGCGGUACACCCGUCUUCCAGCCUCAAUGCCUUCGUAUUAGGCUCAAGGACAAUACUUAAGUGCGAUUCAUAAUGCCUGAUAUAUUUACUACUAUUGUAACCACCUUCCAUCGUGGAUCCUGAGAGUGAAAGUGUAUUAUCAAUCAAGUGUUGCAAUGAACCAAUAGCCUCCCUGUUUCUACCAA